AAGCUUCCCAAGAAAUCAUAUACAUAUAGUUGCAUUCCAAUCCUUGUAAACAGAAUCGUGUCAAAAUAAGGUGAUCAUAUGAGAGAGAAGUCAAUGGAGCUGAAGUUACUGAUCUUGUUCCUUCUUUUAGUUGCAGCCAUGGAAGCUGCAAUAUCAGAAGCUAAAUCCCUUAAAGGCUGCCUCAAGAAAUGUGGGGAAGUAGAGAUUCCAUAUCCAUUUGGUGUGGGGGACAACUGCUCCUUGGAGAAGCCAUUUAAUCUCACCUGUGACACUUCUACAUCCACAUUAUUCUACGGAAAAAACCCAGUUUCAAGCAUAUCUGUCCAACAUGGUCUUAUGGACGUUUUGUUUGAAGUCUCCAAGAUUUGUGGUAAUCAAUCAGAAGAAAAACAUCCUCGUCUUCUUGACGCUGGCCAUUAUUUCACCAUUUCCACCUCGGAGAACAUGUUCGUAAGUGUUGGUUGUAACAUUCUAGGUAGGAUUUGUAGUCAUCAUGAAGGCCAAUCUACUAAUUUUGGAGGCUGCUUAGCAAUCUGUGAUCAACUGCCAAAAAAUAAUAAUACUUGUGCUGGGACUGGGUGUUGCCAUGGGGAAAUUCCUCCUCAAGGAAAGCCUUCAACAUAUGAUUUUCAGGCAACUCGCGCCUUCUCCAAUUAUAAGGUAUCAAAUGGAAAUAAUUGUAGCUAUGCCUUUGUAGCUAAAAAUGGUUGGUUCAGUUUCUCCCCUCAUCAUUUACUGAACUUUCCUUUUGAGGUGACCCCAGUUGUGCUAGAUUGGACUGUUUCAAAUGUUAGCUGCCAAAAUGGUUCCAGUCCAUACUGUGCCUGCAAAAACAACACAUACCAUGUGGACUAUUACUCCAACGCUGGUCAUCGGUACAAAUGCAAAUGCAAACCUGGUUUUGAGGGAAAUCCAUACUAUUUGGAUGGAUGUCAAGAUGUUGAUGAGUGCACAAGACCCAAUAACUGCAGUAUGCCAAAGCGAUGCCACAAUUUGGAAGGUGGCUACCAUUGUUCUUGUCCACCUGCACAUAAAGGUGAUGGCAAAGCUAACGGAUCAGGCUGCACUCUCGACUAUGGGUUCAUAGCAUUAUCUUGUAGUGCUUCUUUGCUUAUUGUUUUCAUACUAGUCUACACAUCAUGUUGGACAUACAAGCAAAGAACUUUGAAACAAGUCAGAAGAAGAAACUUUGAGCAAAAUGGAGGAAACAUGUUGCAACAACAAAUUUCACAACAGCAGGCAUAUAGUGGCAAAACCAAGUUAUUUACUGAAGCUGAGCUUAAAAAUGCCACAAACAACUUUCAUAAAGAUACAAUUCUUGGUCAUGGAGGACAAGGCAUAGUUUACAAGGGGAUAUUAUCAGACAAAACACCUAUUGCCAUUAAGAAACCUAGACAAGGAGGAGACCCUCAACAAAUUAAAGAUUUUAUCAAUGAAGUGUGUGUGCUUUCCCAAAUCAACCACAGGAAUGUGGUCAAACUAUUGGGAUGUUGUCUUGAAACUGAAGUUCCUUUAUUAGUUUACGAGUUUGUGAACAAUGGUACCCUUCUAGACCAUAUAGACCCAUUAAAGAAUGAUGGCUCUAUUAUGUGGGAGACUCGGUUAAGAAUCGCUGCGGAAAUUGCUGGGGCAAUUGCAUAUUUGCACUCUUAUGCUUCUAUUCCAAUCAUUCACCGAGAUAUCAAAUCUGCCAACAUACUUUUGGAUCAUAAUCUUAGGGCAAAGGUGUCUGAUUUUGGAUCAUCAAGACUUAUUCCACUUGAUGCAACACAUGUUACUACUAUCGUACAAGGGACUCUUGGAUACUUGGAUCCAGAAUACCUUCACAUUGGAGAGUUGAAUGAGAAAAGUGAUGUUUAUAGUUUUGGAGUUGUGCUUGUGGAACUACUCACAGGAAGAAAAGCAAUUAAAUUUAGUAGGCCUGAACAAAGAAAUUUGGCAAUGUACUUUGUGUCUUCAAUGAAAGAAAAUCACUUGUGGGAAAUUCUUGAUAAGAGGGUGUUAGAACAAAAGAAUGCAAAACAACUAAAAGAAGUAGCUUCACUGGCAAGGAGAUGUUUAAGAGUUAAAGGAGAGGAAAGGCCUACUAUGAGGGAAGUGGCAAUGGACUUAGAGGGUCUAAUUUCCAUGGGAAAGCAUACCUGGGGUAAGGACAAGGGUAUAGUGGCAGAAGAAAGUGAAUAUUUACUUGGUCAUGUUCCUGAAGGAUAUGACGAUGCUAGUUCUAGCAUCAUUGUUUCAGUUACUAGUUAUGAUGGCAUACAAAGCCAAUCGUCACCUGAAAUUAUAGGCGGACGAUGAUCUUUUAGUAUUCAUAUAUGUCUUUUAUAAUUCUAUGUAUAAAUACUCUUUUUCAAUAGUCAUAUGUAAAUUUUCUCAAAAAGAUGCAACUAUAAAGACCUUCUUCCAUUUUCUAUA